CUUUCAGGCUAGACCCAGACAACUCCACAAGCUCUAUCCAAGAUCUAUUAUCAUAAACCAUCAACGACACCCUGAACCUCUCAAACCGCCAUCCUCCAAGCACCCUUCCAAGUCUUCACAAUGGAGAACGGCGCUAUCUCCCAGGGUGAGGGAAAAGACCCUUCAAGCUUCCUCAGUGACAUUAUCGGCAAUCCUGUUACUGUCAAGCUCAACUCUGGCGUUGUUUACAAGGGCGAACUUCAAUCUGUGGAUGGCUACAUGAACAUUGCCCUGGAAAAGACAGCCGAGUAUGUCAAUGGACAGAAGCGUAGGGAAUACGGCGACGCCUUUGUGAGAGGAAACAAUGUCAUGUAUAUCUCGGCAGACUCAUGAUUGGUCUUGAACAAUGAAUGACGGCUCGGUUUCUACAUGUAGAUUUAUGAUGAAACUAAUCACUACAUCCUCUUCACUCUGGACCAUCCAAACGUGACGUCCAGACAAAGAAAGUGCACCCAUGAAGCUCAACCUCACCGUUCUCAUUGAACGUGGCAUCGCCCUCCCUGAUGAUCUUGUCGAACUUCUCUCUGAACAGUCGACGCUCCUCCCCUUGCCGAAGUUUGUUCCAGCUAAGUGUGUCGAAUCUGUCCCACAAAGCAUCAGGGGUCAACCAAAUCGACCAUGUGAUUUUUUCGGUCUCGAUGGGCGUGGAAAAGAAUGGCUUCUCAGCUUCGGCUUGACGGUCGAAGACUUUCUUCCAUAGCAAGUGUCGGAACCGAGGCUCGUUGUCCACCUUUUCGUUGAAGUUGAGCUCGCUGAGCUCCUGCUCCCACUUUGUAGAGGCUGGCCAGCUUUCGGGGCGAUUAUCUUGGGCCGGUCAUCAGUCACUCCGGAAGCGGCAAAAGGCAACUGGGACAUAAUUACAUUCUUCAGCAUUCCAGAUCAACCCCAGUUUGGCCCCAGGCUUGAGUACCCGAUGUAUCUCCAUGAGGGACUCCUCUCUGGCAAACCUUUGACUUGAUUAGGGCCUAUUGUCAGUCCUUCGAGGAACGACUUACCAGUGAAAGGCCUUCAAAAAUCCGUCAGCCCAUCCAUCUUCCACGUCCUUCAUUUCAGCUGCCGUACCUGGCCGCACGUCUACUUUGGGGAGUUUCUUGGCAACAAGGGUGUUUCUCAUCGAGUCCAACGGCUCUAUGGCAAUAAUUUUGUAUCCUUCUGGCCUGGCAGAUAGAAGCUCAGUGAAUUUGCCAGUGCCAGCUGCCAGGUCUAGGAUAUGGCGUCCAGAUUGACCCUCGAGACCGAGAUGUCCCAGAAGACUGGCGACAGCAGCAGGGGGGUAAGAUGGCCGGUGUGCGUCAUAAGACUGGGCGUCAUCAAAGCCUUUCGUCGCAAUAUCAUGAAUAGUCUGAGAUGCCAUUUUUGGUGUUACUCUUGAACAGCUCGAAGUGGCUGGACAAUUUGUCGUUGGUAUUCAAGUAUCCUCAAUGAGACAAGCAGCUAAUUCUAAGGGAGUAAAGGGAUGAAUAGGUGUCGGAGAUAUCUUGGAAGCCUUUUAUACAAACACCCAAUGAUCUUCCCCGCGCUUCUGGAGCCUUGGGUACUGGUUCUCCAGAGUUCAAUGAUGUGAUGGCACUAGAUCUGAUUCCCGGUGUCGUUCCAGGACCCUAGAUCCCGCGGGAACAAACCGACGGAUUUACGGCGGAGCCCCGACAGAUUUAAAGCAGCUGGAUAGCACCUCAAUGACAAUCAGAGAAAUUGGACACUUGCAAGAAUUCGUGAUGCUUUGCUAACUGCUCGACGAUUCCGAUA